AUGGGAAAACUACAAGACUGGUCUAUAACCACUUGUCUCUUCCUUUUCUUUUUGCAUGCAUCACAAACCCAUUGCACCAGCCAAUCACAUGUUAGAAACCGUCUAUACCGAUCAAAGCGAGGGAUUGGUUCGUCAAUAGACACAAGCCACUUAAAUGCGAUUCGUCGUUUAAGCGUGUCUUUGUCGCUCCAAAACAUAAGCGGUGUUAACCAACAAGAGCAAAAGGAAAGAGAUCUAAUUGAGAAUCUUCCCGGACAGCCUUCAGUUAAUUUUAAGCAAUAUGGCGGUUAUGUGACCGUGAAUGAGUCAGCAGGUCGAUCCUUGUACUAUUAUUUCGUGGAAGCCACCAAUACCAAAAACUCAUCACCCCUUGUUCUAUGGCUAAACGGAGGACCGGGCUGCUCCUCUCUGUAUGGGGCAUUUCAAGAGCUUGGUCCAUUCCGCGUACAUAGCGACAACAAAACACUCUAUACCAAUCCUUAUUCAUGGAACAACGUGGCGAACAUGUUAUUCUUAGAAUCUCCGGCAGGAACGGGAUUCUCAUACACGAACACAACAACGGAUAUGGAGAAUCCCGGGGACAUGAAAACAGCAGCUGAUAACUACGUUUUCUUGGUGAAAUGGCUGGAGAGGUUUCCGGAAUAUAAAGGAAGAGAUUUUUACAUCGCUGGUGAGAGUUACGCCGGUCACUAUGUUCAGUGGAGACACGGAUGCGGUGAUUUCGGUGACAGUUACAAUGUACGCACUGAAGAUGAUGAAUCUAACGGCUGUUACGGAAUGGCUUCCGUGGUUUAG